GACACAACCUUAUAAUAAAUUCGUCUUGGCUACAAUCGUGUUAAUUGUGUCUAGACUCGAUCAACGACUGAUGCUUUGUUUACAAACCUGAAAAUACAACAUCUCCAAGCAGUUGAAGAAAAUAAAUUAAAAUUUAAAGAUUGCGCAUAAGGAGUGUAAGAAUAAAUGUAACAACAAUAUAAUGAUGGUAUACCCUGAUGAGCCCUUUUGGGCAUUACCAACUGUACCAGGAUUAUAUGAUGACAAUGAUUAUCGAGUAAAUGUUGUUGAAGCUUUACAGGAAUUCUGGCAAAUAAAACUGGCACGUGGAGCUGAUUUAAAAAAUGGAGCUCUUGUUAUAUACGAAUCCGUUCCCUCAAACAGUCAACCAUAUGUUUGUUAUGUAACUUUACCAGGUGGAAGCUGUUUUGGAAGUUUUCAGAAUUGCCCAACAAAGGCCGAAGCUAGAAGAAGCUCCGCAAAAAUUGCCUUAAUGAACUCAGUAUUUAAUGAGCAUCCUUCACGAAGAAUAACCGACGAAUUUAUUGAAAAGGCAGUGCAAGAUGCAUGGACCUCAUUUAAAGGAAACUUAAAGGAAAAUGAUGCACCUGACACUGGUAUUGGAGCAUUUCGAUUUAUGCUAGAAUCCAAUAAGGGUCGUACCAUGUUGGAGUUUCAGGAGCUCAUGACAGUUUUUCAACUUCUUCACUGGAAUGGUUCACUUAAAGCUAUGCGAGAACGACAGUGCUCACGUCAGGAAGUAGUAGCUCAUUAUUCCAAUAGAAGUCUUGACGAUGAUAUGCGUGCCCAAAUGGCAUUGGAUUGGAUUGCUCGAGAGCAAGAGAAUCCUGGCGCUCUAGGGCAUGAACUAGCUCAAGCAGAACGGGAGUUAGAUACAGCUAGGCUAGCGGGACGUGAAUUAAGAUUUCCAAAAGAAAAAAAGGACAUUUUAUUAUUGGCCCACAAUCAGUUGGGUGGAAACGUUAAUAUAAAUAAUACUGGAUUGAAUUGCUAAGUUGAACAACAUUUACAGUACUCUACAUAUUUUUUUAAAUCAAUCAAUAAUGAUUAUACUUAUAAGCUGCUGCGAUAGCAAAUUACAAGUUUGGACAUUAAAUAAACAUAAAAUUUCUUGAUUAAAAA